GGGGCCCAGACGGGACCCCUCUGGGUUUGCUCGGAAACGCUGUGUUUUGGGGGGUGGCGCUUAUUAGCUAGCGCUUGCCCUAGUUUAAAGCGUGAGGAAGGAGGGGGCUUCUGAGCCCUGCCUUUGGGAUUUUCUGGUCUGAAGAGACACACGGAUUGCAGCCGAGUUCGUGGCUCAGAUGCUCAGAUUUGUGGAGGUCGUGGCAUUUCUCGUGCUUGAUGUCAGAGGGGAUCCGUGACCGUGGUCGUGGGGAGCCCCGGGAGCCCCUGCAGCACCUGCUGGGCUGACGGUGUCGCGGAGGCUGUGUCUGGGGGUGGGACCGGGAAAUGAAACGUGACAGAGAUCCUGUUUAGAUAUUCUGCUGAAGUUAUCGGGUUUCUUCGGUUCGAGUAUACCAGUUCUAGAACAAGUUGAUAAAUCCAGUUUUGAGACUUUGUGAGAGAAGAGAUUUGGGUGGCAAAUAGAUUUGGGAUCACCCCCAAAAGCUAAGAAUGUGUUUGGGGUAGCCCAAAUACCUACUCGUUCCCAUAUCCUCCUGGCAUGUUCAUUUUCUUCGCUGCCACAAAUGCCCUAGGCACGAGAAGGAUCCUGGAAUAAGAAGCUGAGCUAGCACAGGCCCGAGCCCCAGAUUGAGCUGUUUUCAAGUGAACAAACGUGUAACUAGGAAAAGAAUGUUUUUAUGAGCAGGGGUUGUUGGUAAGUUGAGAGAACUUGCUCUUUAAUUGAACACCAUCAGUCAAUAUGGGGUACUUGAUUUUUUUUUGUAGUGUCGAGUAUCAAGGGUCCUUUGGUCAAGAUAGUCAUAGAUGCCAUUGCUAAGUUUUGUGAUUCAAAUAGUCAUAAAUCAUAUUUUAACCAAAGCAUUUACUACAUAAAGGAGUCCCAGGUGAAUCCUGUGAAUCUCCAAGGAUUUUGAUAUUUGAGGGCUAUUUAAAAUGAAAUUCACAUAUUUAUUUGCAUUUGGCUUUACCUGGGAGAUAAUCCUGAGUCAUGCUUUAGAGAAGUUCCUUCUCAGAUCAGACAUUCAGAUGUCUGUGCUCUGUAAACAUUGGACUCUGCCCUUUACCUGUAGCGGACCUUUCUGGAACUCUGGGGAAAUGUGGUCUUAAGGACAUUGGAAGCACACUGAGGCCAUCACCACUUUUUCACCCUUUCUGCAUGCCUAUGCUCUAAAUUACUUGUGUUCACAUUCUCAAAUUUCUUUACCAUAGAAAUUUUGUUUACACUACUGCCAUUGGUAUAAUACUUGUUUUAUAUUCAUGAUCUUGUUUAUUUUCUCCAUUUCCCCAAAGAAGAAGCUGGGCAUAUGGGUGGUUUACUCAGGGUCUCAUAAUAAUGAAGCAGUUGGAAUUCUGGUCCUUCCCUUCUGGUAGUCAGUUCUCUUUCCUUUGCACUGCCUGCAUGUGACUUCAGAACCCUACUCCUGGGCUGUUGCACUAUAGGCCAGUUUUUACUUUCAUUUAGGGUUUAAAUGGUCUAAUUACUUUUGGGAGAAGUGAUAUUAUUUUAUCUCAUGGAAACUAAGGAUAAGAGGAAUUUAUGAUUUUGUGACUCUGACAGUUCUUUAGCAAUCAGUCACUUUUUAACCUAGUUCUCCUCUCUUCUAGACCACAUGGUUGAGAGAGGAGAAAAAAGAAUUACUUAAGAUCCAGGUUAGGUUAUUAUCCAGGGCUGGGGCGGUGGCUCAGUAGUAGAGUGCUUACCUAGCAUUUGUGAGGCACUAGGUUCGAUUCUCAGCACUACAUAUAAAUAAAUGAAUAAAAUAAAGGUCAACCAACAACAUAUAUAUAUAUAUGAAAAGAUCCAUUUCUGCAUUGGUUGAGUUAGGGCUAAUCUAACACCAUAAUCACAUUAUCCUUGUAUGUCUGGCUACUUGUGCUGGCUUGUAUGUGGAUGUUAACCCAAAAGACUCCUUUAGAUGUGGCUGAACUAGUUACUAUAAAAAGUAUUUCACUUUCAAACUCCCACGUUUCAAGAACAGAAACUCAGUACAAAGGCAAUUUUGAAGAGUUUUCCUGGAAGCUGGGCUCCUGAAAACGCAGCACUGGAACAGAUGGAUAAUGGAGACUGGGGCUAUAUGAUGACUGACCCAGUCACAUUAAAUGUAGGUGGACACUUGUAUACGACGUCUCUCACCACACUGACGCGUUAUCCAGAUUCCAUGCUUGGAGCUAUGUUUGGGGGGGACUUCCCCACAGCUCGAGACCCUCAAGGCAAUUACUUCAUUGAUCGAGAUGGACCUCUUUUCCGAUACGUCCUUAACUUCUUAAGAACUUCAGAAUUGACCUUACCCCUGGAUUUUAAGGAAUUUGAUCUACUUCGGAAAGAAGCAGAUUUUUACCAGAUCGAGCCCUUGAUUCAAUGUCUCAACGACCCAAAGCCUUUGUAUCCUAUGGAUACUUUUGAAGAAGUUGUGGAGCUCUCUAGUACCCGGAAGCUUUCUAAGUACUCCAAUCCAGUGGCUGUUAUCAUAACUCAAUUAACCAUCACCACCAAGGUCCAUUCCUUACUAGAAGGCAUCUCAAAUUAUUUUACCAAGUGGAAUAAGCACAUGAUGGACACCAGAGACUGCCAGGUUUCCUUUACUUUUGGACCCUGUGAUUAUCACCAGGAAGUUUCUCUGCGGGUCCACCUCAUGGAAUACAUUACAAAACAAGGUUUCACGAUCCGCAACACUCGCGUGCAUCACAUGAGUGAGCGGGCCAAUGAGAACACAGUGGAGCACAACUGGACUUUCUGUAGAUUAGCCCGGAAGACGGAUGACUGAUCCCCAGCGCUGGAGAAGUUCCUGGAAACUGACUGUCCCGGAAAUGGAAGAGACUUUUUUUUUUUUUUUUAAAUCCAUGUGGGGUUUUUUUUUUUUUUUUUUUUUUUUUUUAAUAUUUGUAUUUAUUUGAAGGCAUUGAGAACUGAGAAGGAAGUUUUAUGCUUUAGCAGACUCUUCCAUGUUUUGUUUCCUUUACCCUGAGUAUGCAUGUGCCUGUUCUGAGUCUCCAGAUACCUUUUUUAUAAAAAGAAAUCUGAAAAUCAUUAUGGUAUAUAAUCUAUCCUUAACAGAGCUUUUUUUUGUUUAUUACAGUGCUAAAAUGAUUUCUGAUAAAAUGGCCCCAAAUAACUAGAAGGCUAAAAAUACAGGAAUGAAAGAAAAAGCAGAAUACUCAUGAUGCCUUUGAAAAAAAAUCAAAUAUCAUGUAGGGUGACCUAGUUUCCAAAACAAUAAGCAGUAUUAAAAUAAAGGAAAACUGUUCCAAUCAUUUAAAGGUACUUAUUAAGUACUGCUUUUCACAGUUAUGACAACUGUUACUUUCUAUGCAUAUAAAUCAAGCAACCAAAUAUCUGUAGCCAUGGAAAUGUCUGACUAGAAAUAUUUAUAUUGGAUUCUGAAUACAAAAUGUCCCUGUGGUAGAAAUCUUACUUCUUAUGCCUGGUGCAGUAUAAUUCCCAAGUGUUCUGUCUACCAGGAAAAAAAAAAAAAACCUAAUAAAAAAUGAAAUAAGAAAAUUAGAUCUGUAUUUAUUGGUGGUUGUUAUUACUUAAAGGAGAAAAAUCAUAUUCAUUGUCUGAAGUAUGCAUUGUUUAUGUCCUACUCUUUGAGAGGACUCAAUGGAACCUUAGAUUGUAGUUUAUAAGAACUCUAUUGUGUCAUUGAAGCAAGGAUGGAUAGAAUUUGUCUCAAAGUCUAAAAGAGUGCAUAUUUGAAUGGUGAACGUGCUGUUUGACAAACUUUCCAUUGGCACUUAUAUUAAAGAUUACAGAUUUUUCUUCAGUUGU